AUGAAACUUGCUCUCUCCGAAAUCUGGUUCUACCUAAACGAGGAUAUCCGCGAGGACAUCUUACUCGAAUGCCAACUCCUUUUGCUCUCCUUCGCUACCGGCAUUCAAGACGCUGCAGCAUGGCCUGACUACGCCUGCUUCGCCUCCAACCAAACGGGGAACACCCUUUUCCUCGCAAUCGGGGUCGCCGGCCUUGCCAAUAACGCCUACAGCUUCCCCAAUAUCGGCAUGAGCCUGGGAAUGUUUGUCUCAGGAGGUCUGGUCAUGGGCCAGCUGGGAAAUUGGUUGGGGGUCCGGCGACGACUCUGGCUGCUGCUGAGCAGCAUUAUCCAGACCGUCCUGGUUCUCGUCGCUAUGAUUGUGCAAUACGCUGUGCCGCGGAAGCCGGAGGGCCCCGCCGCGCUGGGGGUAAUUGCGUGCCUGGCAUUUUCGUCGGGGGCUCAGGUGGCGAUGAGUCGGUCGUUGAAGAUCACGGAGAUCACGACGGCCAUGGCGACGGCGGCGUAUGUUGAUGUGGUGGUGGAUCCGGGCUUGUUGAAGCUACAUAACCGGCUGCGUAAUCGACGGGUGAUGUUCCUGGUGAUGCUAACGGCGGGAUGCUUUGUUGGUGCGUUUGCUGUGCGGGCAGUUAAUUCGUCGUUUGCACUUGUGUGGUGUGCAGCCGGCAAGUCUGUGGUGACGGUGUCGUUGCUGGGGAAUAAAUGUAUCCAAAAGAAUCCGAGCCGUCGAUGA